CCUCACAUGCCACAGAGUUUCUCAACUACUUAGAUUCAAACAUUUUCACCUACCACAGCACGGCUCGUAUCUCCCUACACCAUGCUUCGAGAGGUUAUUACAUCGGUUGCCGUUUGCAUAAUCCUCCUCCUUCCGGCCACUUGCCUAAGGCGGUUGCCAGAAAACCAUGUCGCUCUCUUCAUCUUUGGGGACUCGCUGUUGGACGCCGGGAACAACCUUUAUUUGAACACCAGCGCGAAGACGAACUACUUCCCUUAUGGAGAGACCUUCUUCAAGCACCCGACGGGAAGAGUUUGCGACGGCCGAAUUGUCCCUGACUUCAUCGCCGAAUAUGCAAAGCUGCCGUUGAUCAGACCGUACUUGGAGCCCGGAUUCAGUAACUACACCGAUGGGAUCAAUUUCGCAUCGGCUGGAGCAGGCAUCCUCCCAGAGACUCGUCCCGGGACGAUACACCUGAAGCUACAACUGAGCUAUUUCGAGGAGGUGGUGAAGCGGCUGAGGCAACAAAUCGGCGACGAGGAUGCGCACAGGUUGCUGUCCGACGCGAUCUACUUGUUCAGCAUGGGAGGAAACGACUACAUGGCCCUCGCAACCGACCCCAAAUCAUCUGUCCUCACUGCUGCUUACAAGAAGACAUUCAUGACAAUGGUGCUGGGCAAUUUCACAACCGUGAUCAAAGAAGUAUAUGCACUAGGAGGGAGGAAGUUCGCUUUCCAGAACGUUGGGCCGAUCGGGUGCAUGCUGGCCACCAGGGCAUCCUCGGGGAUCAACGGCUGCCUUCACGACCCGUCCGUGCUAGCAAAGAUGCACAACGUCGCUCUGUCGAGGCUGCUGAGGAAGCUGGCAUAUCAGAAAGCCGGAUUCUCGUACGCGCUGUUCGACUACUACACCUCCCUUGCCAUGUGAACCCUGUACAGCUCGAAAUUCGGAUUCAAUGAAGGGAAGAGCGCUUGCUGCGGCAGCGGGGCUUACAACGGGAACUUCACCUGCGAAGGUAAGAACAGCACUGUGAAUUACAAUUUGUGCGGCGACCCGAGCGAGUACGUGUGGUUCGAUCCUGCCCAUCCG